UGGCGCUAAAAGCGACUACCCUAAACGUAAAACUUAACCUUUGUAUUAUAGCAAAAUCCUAACAAGUUUUUAGAUAAAAUAAUGUAAAUUAUGCGUAAUUUCAACGUAAAUAUCUGGAUAUUAUGUUAUGCAAAUAUAAAUCGAAAUGGUUUUCUUUUGGAAUGACUUCUUAAACGAAAGCAACCAGCUUUUAGACACUUACAAGGGUAGAGAUAAGGUAUUGAGAACGUUAUGUUACUUAACAAAGCUACUAGGCGACGUUCAAAAAAACCCCGAUUCCGCGAAAAAGUUUGCGAUAUUUAGCUCGCAGAUGUCCGCAACUCGAUCGACUCUACGGCUCUUGGACGAUUUAGCUGUGAUAAAACAUACCUUUCAAUAUGGACUCGGCCGCGAUGAACCAGAUAAGUUGAUGGCAUGUUUGGGAGUCACCACGAACAUAUUGGACCAAACUUUUCUGGUUUUGGAGAAAAUUUCAUGGCUUUCAAAAUACCAAAUCCUGACAGGAUUUAACAGGGAGCGUUGGGAUAACGCGUCGGCGUGCUGCUGGGUGCUGGGCACGUAUUUGACCAUAAUUAAGACCCUACGGUAUUUGGUUAUCUUGGAAACACACAAGGGUUGCGUGGCGAAGGAUAAAAGAGUUCCCAUGGAAAAAUUCAAGGUCAUUAAGAAGUUUCAGUUGUUGACACUGGCAAGGCUAUUGGCGGACUUUACACAUGCAGUAAGUACUUUGCCUCCAGGAUUUCUGUGGUCUUCUAGGUUGAAACCGUGGCAGGUAGGCGUAGUUGGAACAUUCUCUUCGGCAUUGGGCAUUUAUUUAAUAAUUUACAAAAGAUGGUUAAAAUGAAACCUCACUUGUUGAUUUUGAUUUUUGUAUAGAUAUAUUUCAUUGAUAUUGUGGUAGUAAUAAAAUGAA